UCCGCCCGCCCCGCUACAGUCCGUCUGCUGCCCCUCAGAGAGCCGAAGAACAACCGCUCAAGUCCCAGCCAUGGAAGAAGACAACAUAAUAAUGCCUGCUUGACUCGGGGAGAGUUUCCAAGAUGCCAGGCCUCCUGCUGCCCAGUCCUGUGUGUCUGACAGUCAUCUGGUUUCUAUCUUGGUCACUGCGUUCCAGUUGUGCUCAGAUUUGGACUGAUGAAGUGUCGGCUGUGCAGUACGGGCGCUUGGACUCCAACGUGACACUGGCAUGUGGGAAGUCGCAGAUCGGGGUACCAGUGGUGUGGCGUCUCAACCACAGCUCAGCGUUGCCAUGGCACAGAGUGACAUCAGAUGGAAGCUUAGUCCUGCUGCUGGUGGACCAGGCGGCGCAGGGCGACUACAGCUGCUAUGACGACCGUGGGCUCCUCCUCCACUCCGUCACACUCAGGCUGGGCCAUCCCCCUGGGCUGCUGAGCAUUUCCUGUCAAGUGCCCAAUCACACACAUGUCCGCUGCUCCUGGGUGGAUUCUGUGAAGACCUUUCUGCCAGCCAAGUACAACGCCUCCUUCAGGGGGAACGGUCAGGAGUGGAGGCCGUGCAUCGUGGACUUGGCCCGUAGGCACUGUGACGUGGACCACCCGGCCUUCUGGCAGCCCAUCCACACCCUGAGAGUCACCGAGACCAACGCCCUCGGCUUUGAGACAACAUAUGCCCGUUUUAAGCUACAUGAGUUGUUGAAACCAGACCCUCCAGAGGCCGUGCUGGCGCAGCAGCUAGAAGGAUAUCCGAAGAGGCUCAACGUGUCGUGGAGCUUUCCCUCCUCCUGGCCGCUGCACGACGCCUUCCCCCUGGUGUUUCAGAUCAGAUACAGGCCACAGGGCUCCAUAUACUGGUCAGAGAUCUACUCUGAGGACAGCUCAGUUGUGAUCUUUGACGCCCUGUCGGGCCACAUCCACCAGGUCCAGGUUCGAGCCCGGGACGAGGUGAACUCAGAGAGCCAGUGGAGCGAAUGGACUCCCCAGCUCCUGGUCCGGCCCUGGGAAGUCUACACCACCCCGGACCCGGUAGACGGGCCAGAGGAGGCCUUCGAUGAGGACUAUUUCUUUCCCUUCGACACAAAGCCUGAAACCUCCACUGAAAAGUCGCACAAUCCUGUUCACGAGGAUGACGGGAGUCUGGGUUUGGUGAUUCUCCUGGUUUUGUUCUCCGUGGUCAUCCUCACCACCAUCCUUUCCCUCAUCUUUGUUGUGUGGAUGAGACAGAGGCGGCGCCACCAUGCCACCAAACAAGAGCUCACCUCUAUGGUCAAGAUGAAGUCCAUGCCCAUCUAAUGUUCAUGUAGAGACUCUCCGCCGUGGGCUCGCUCCGGGGCUCCACCACCCAGCGAGCCCUCCACCCUUGACCACUGUAACACGCUGACCGUCCACCUUCAACUACACCAACCACAAUGCAUCAGUCACAGUCCCGCCAGGAUCCAGGACAACAGCAACAAACAGGAACGCUUUGCAGAGUCAGGCGGCUGCCCAGCAGGUGGCUGAAGGGGGACAUUCCCUGGACAUCUGACCUGCACUACCCACAAUGCAUCAGCAGCUCCUACUGCUCCCCACGGAGGCCUUCCUCUGGUCACUGCAGCAGCGACUGCACCAGUACAGUUUCCUCACAACCGAUGCUGCUUCAGGUGGACCCACUGCCCUCUUUCUUGUUUUUUUGGCCAGGGGGUGACUUUUGAACUUUAAAGCAACAUGUAAGGACAAGAAGUGCAGCUGCCAAACAGGAGGAGAUUUUAUUGUUUUGUGGGACAACUCGCUUCUCUUCUCCGACUUGGACCUCCUCAUUUUAUUUCUUGUUUUGAGAUUCACCGUGCGAAGGAACAGACUUAAUGUACGUCCAUAUUUACAUCGACUGACCGACUCAAUGCUGUGAAGGAAGCUUGGCUUCUGUCUGUGUGUGUGUCUGAUGCCAAAGCAGCAACGGCGGGCAUUAUGGUCUCAGCUGAGGGGGUCAGGACGCCGCCUGAGACCUGCUCCUGGCUUUAGGGAGCUUAUGGACAUGGAGACGAGGUCCAGGGGCUCACGUUGGGGUAUAUAGACUUUAUUUCAUUUAGUGCCGUUGUGUUGCAUGAUGCUCUUGUUAUGUUGUCUGGCACCGCUGAGUACAGGUAGUCUUUUGUUGUAGCUCUUUCUAUCCAUCCACUGAUCCCAGACGUGUGUGAGCAACAUGAAGAGAAGGAGGUCGAGGUUCAGGCCUUUCACACAUCACCAGCAUUAUGACGUUAGACAAUCAGAACCACAGACCUUUAGCUGUCCUAGACUCCAAAGAGCCCCUAAUGUUGGCCUUAUUAUAGUAAACAUGGUUAUUGGAGCGAUUCAGCAGCUGGGUCAACAAGCUGGGUCCGGUUAAAGCACGUCUACAGGUGUCACAUAAAGAUGAAAGUCUAUACAAUUUCAAAAUAAAAGCUGGAAAAAAUCU